ACUGGAAUCCCUCCUUCUCCUUUUCCUCCUCCUCCUCCUCUUCCCGUGUGGGCGAAUAACGGUGCUUGAGAAGUUAUUGCAGCUAAACAAUAGCAGCAGCACAUAUACAUUCAUACAGAGGACUAAACAUCCAGACUGAGGUGUUCCACAAUGGAGGAUUUGGGAGUCCCUGAGCCACUUAACUACCCUCUCAAUCCUCGUAUUGUUGUCUUUGACGCCCUCCUCGCAGAUUUGGAGAAGACGGGAUCUCCUCUUGCACAGUGUCCUGUCCUUCUUACAUCCGAGCCGCCAUUGCAUGCUGAUCCAGACUCGCAGAACCCCGCAGAGGCCCGGCCACCACCACCAGCCUACACCCCGCAGCAGACUGUUUCUGCAGCAAUGAAGUCCUCCCAAAACUCCAAUCCGGACAAACUAUACAGCACAGUGUGUAAAUCACGCUCUCCGCGCUCAGUUGAUCCUCCUGCUGCUUCUCCUCCAGCCUUCUCCUCUUCCUCGUUGCUAGGGGGAGGUCUGAGUGAACUGGAUCAUCUUCUGCAGGAGUUGAAUGCAACGCAGUUUAACAUCACAGAUGAAAUCUUGGCCCAGUUCCCCACUUCUAAGAAAGAUGACAAGAUAAAGGAUAAAGACUCCAGCUCCGCAAAACCGUCGGCAACGUCCGCCACGCUGGAGUUGGACAAACUGAUGGCUUCGUUGUCCGAUUUCCGGGUUCAGAGCACACCAGCUGUCAGUCCAGUCAUCACAGCGACAACAGCAGCGACACCACAGCAGCCAGCCGUUCCUCCGCAGCCUUCGUCAGGCGGCUCAUUGGACAGCAUGCUAGGGCUCCUCCAAUCAGAUUUGACAAGACAGGGAGUUCAAACGUCCUCCAAGGGAAACUGUUCAGCCUGUCAGAAGCCAGUCGUGGGACAGGUGGUGACAGCCCUGGGAAAGGUGUGGCAUCCCGAGCACUUUGUCUGCACGGAAUGUGAGACAGAGCUGGGCAGUCGCAACUUCUUCGAGAAGGACGGGCGGCCGUACUGCGAGUCGGACUAUUUCACACUCUUCUCCCCUCACUGUGCGCAUUGCAACAAGCCCAUACUCAGUAAAAUGGUGACGGCUCUGGACAAGAACUGGCACCCUGAGUGUUUCUGCUGCGUCAAAUGCAGCCGCAGCUUUGGCGAGGAAGGGUUUCAUGACCGUGAGGGGCAGCAGUAUUGCCAGCAGUGCUUUCUGAUGCUGUUUGCCUCCCGGUGUCAAGGAUGCAGCCAGCCCAUCCUCGAAAACUAUAUCUCAGCUCUCAACUCUCUCUGGCAUCCACAGUGCUUUGUAUGCAGGGAAUGCUACAGUCCCUUCGUCAACGGCAGCUUCUUUGAACACGAGGGCAAACCGCUGUGUGAGGCCCAUUACCAUCAGUCGCGAGGCAGCGUGUGUCAGGCCUGCCAGCAACCCAUCCUGGGCCGCUGUGUCACCGCCAUGGGCGCCAAGUUCCACCCUCACCACCUGGUGUGCCACUUCUGCCUGAAACCUCUGAGCAAAGGCUGCUUCAAGGAGCAGGAGAACAAGCCCUACUGCCACCCGUGCUUCAUCAAACUCUUCGGUUAAGGAUGUGAUCCUCCACCGAGUGAAAAAGCUUUUUUUUACAUUUUUAUACUGCGGCAGUGAGGGUGGAGCUGGUCUUUUUAUACUGAAGGAGAUUAAACUGCUCCUAAUCAUUUAUUUUUUUGCAAAUAAAGCUCUAAAGACUGUAUUCAGUGAACUACAACUGAUUUAGACUUAUGAUGCUUAUGAGACUAAUGAUGCCAAAUGUACUGAUUCAAAUUGAUUUUAUUGCCAAAGAUAGAAAAAAAUUAUAAAUUAAGGACAAAAUAUGUAUAUUUGCAAAUGAAUAUUAUGAUGGUCCAAGAGACAAGACUUAUUUUUCCUUGCAGAAAAAUAAGCAUCACUGCAGCUGCCUUCACUUUGUAUGUCAUCCAUUAGCAUAUAUAUGUUCAGUCGGACUAAUUAAUAUCAUUCCUUCACAAAUGCUGGAUGCACUUUGCCCAAAUUAUAAAUAAAUUUUUUUUAUGCUG